UUGCUGUCGUCGAGGAGCCAAGCGCGCUGGUUCAACGAGGUCCCGGUGGAGCUUAGAGUUCAUUAGCUUGCUACCUGAAUUACCUCUUGGUGCCAUUGAUCGCUGUGCAAGGGAACGGCUCCGACAGUGUAGCCCUUUGCACUUAUCCAAUAUCUAGCCAGCCCCAGCGCUAGCCGAGCGCGCACAGCAACGAUGGCGCCGACCUUCAGGAGGCACGGCGCCGUCGCGCUCCUCGCGAGCGCCUCCGCGCUAGUCGCGCCGCGACCGCUCGCGUCCAAACCGCGACGGCCGACGCUAAAGGCCACGCCGACGAUGGGCCUCAAGGACACCAUCGGCAACAUCUUCGUGCCGCCGCCGCCGCCGCCGCCCGUGACGGUGGUCGAGGGCGCCGAGAACUUCCGGCUGCUCGGCGUGCCGCCGAACGCCGAGUACGACGAAGUCCAGCAGGCCGUCAAGGCCCUCAAAGAAAAAUAUGCGGGCGACACGAAGCGCCUCCUCAAGAUCGACGUGGCCAAGGACAAGAUCGCCGAGCUGCGACUCAGACAACGUGUGAGCGGCACUUUUGGGGUGACUGCCGAAGUGGCCGCUAGAGAUAAAACCAUCGGCGACUUCGAGUCGCAGGCCAUGAACCGCGCCAUCGCCAAGAACACCCCCAAAUGGAUCCGGAAGAUCCCCUACAUGUACAAGCCGUUCUGGAAGAUUGAUGAAUUGUACUCGAACCGGAAAGAUAGGGAGCUGCAGCGCGCCCACACGAAGACCGCGGGGUUGUAUUGGUGCGGCUUCGCGGCGGCGGCGACCUUCUUCCCGGGAGCGCUGACAUACAUCAAGUUCGGCGCGCCCCUCAUCCUCGUGUCGCACUUGGCGCAACGGGGGCAGCCGCCCGUCCCCAAGGACGAACGGGGCAUGGCCGGCGCCGUCCGCGACCCGAACUACGGCGACUACCUGUGGAGCGCGGCGCUAUUGACGGCGCACUCGGUUAUUGGAAAUUUCAUCGCCGGGUUCGCCGUGCCGUUCCUGACGCUGCUGCGCCCGCAGCAGAUCCGCUUCGUCAUCGGGACGGGCUGCAUGGCGCUCGGCGACGCCAUCUGGCAGCCGCACAUGGAGAAGUAG